ACUUUGGGGCAGCGCGGGGUUUUCUGGGAAAGCACAGGAAGCAGCGUCUGAGGGCGGGCCGGAGGGGGGUUUUCCUGUUCUGUUUGCAGACAGCAGCAAAACCAUGGAGGCCACGGUGCCCAAAAUGUCAGCUCCGCUCUGCCUGGUGCACAACGAGGACUGCAGGCUGUCCCUCAACCCCGCAGCGCUGGCAGUUCUGCGCAGUGCCACUCAGCCAGUGGUGGUGGUGGCCGUUGUUGGACUUUUUAGCACUGGGAAGUCCUUCCUGACGAAGCGGAUGGCACAGAAUUGCACCGGCACCCCACUGGGCAAUGCGGUGCAGAAGAAAACAAAGGGUAUCUGGAUGUGGUGUCUGCCCCACCCGUGCAAACCUGGCGUGAUGCUGGUGCUGCUGGACACCGAGGGGCUGAGAAACCCCUGCAAAGAGGACGACCGCAACGAUGCCUGGAUCUUCACGUUGGCUCUGCUGCUUUCCAGCACCCUGGUGUACAACAGCAUGCGCACCGACAGCCGGACGAUGCUGGGGAGCUUGUGUUUGCUGACGGAUCUGAGGAAUUACGUGCGCGUGCGAGCGCAGGAGGAUGGCACUGACCCAGCAGAUGAGUUCGCCCGUGUCUUCCCUGACUUCGUCUGGGUCGUGCGUGACUUCAGGCUGCAGGAGGGCGAGCGGCCCAUCAGCGCGGACGAGUACCUGGACCAGAUACUGCGCCCACAGAUCUGGUUCAUUCUACAGGGGAACAGCAAGGUGCGGCACUGCCUACGCAACUUCUUCCCCCACCAUAAGAUGUUCAUGAUGGAGCGGCCGGUGGCUGGCAAAGACGUGGCACAGCUGGAGAUGCUGCGGGACGAUCAGCUACAGCUACGCUUCCGGCAACAGGAGGAGGCCUUCUGCCAGCACAUCUGGAAAGAGGCUCCAGUGAAGAUGCUGCUGAACAACAGCCCGGUGACAGGCAGAAUGCUGGCGUGCUUGGUGGAGACUUAUGUGGAAGCCAUCACCAACGGCUCCGUGCCCUGCGUGGAGAGCGUGCACAUGGCGGUGGCAGAAGCUGAGAACAACGCAGUGGUGGAGGCGGCGGCGGCCGAAUACCGGCGGGGCAUGGAGCAGGACCUGGAGCUGCCCACGGCCUCGCUCAACGCGCUGAUGGCCGUGCACCACAACUGGAAGAAACACGCCAUCACCUUCUUCCUGUCCCAAGCCUUUGACAAAACCGAACAGCUUUACCAGGCGCUGCUGAUGGACAAACUGGAGGUGGCCAAAGAGGAGUUCUGCUGGCGCAACGAGAAAGCGUCGGAGCAGCGGUGCUGUGAGGUGCUGAAGGAGCUGUGGGGGGACAUGGAGCUCCGCAUGCAGCGCGGGGACUACGUGGUGCCGGGGGGGGUGUGGCUGUUCAAGAAGGACCUGAAGCGUAUGCAGGAGGAGUACAAGAGGAGGCCCAACAAGGGUGUCAAGGCAGAGGAAGUGCUGGAGAAGUUCCUGCGGGAGAAGGGACUGGAGAUGACCGAGACGUGGAUAGAUUGGGUGGACCAGCAGUGUAAGGCGGUGCUGGCUGAGGCGACAGCUGUCACGCAGGCUGUGGAGAAGCAGCUGGAGGAGCAGCAGCAGCAGCAGGCGAUGUUGGCUGAGGUGAUUGCAGCGAAAAAAGCAGUGGAGAUGCAGCUGAAAGAGCAGCAGGAGCAGCAGCAGGUGAUGUUGGCUGAGGUGACUGCAGCGAAAAAAGCAAUGGAGAAGCAGCUGCAGGAGCAGCAGGAGCAGCAGCAGGUGAUGUUGGCUGAGGUGUCAGCAGCCAAGAAGGCGGUGGAGAAGCAACUGAAGGAGCAGCAGCAGCACCAGCAGCAGCAGCAGGUGAUGUUGGCUGAGGUGACUGCAGCCAAGAAGGUGAUGAAGAAGCAGCUGGAGCAGCAGCAGCAGCAGGUGACCCUGACCAAGGUGACAGCUGCCCAAGAGGCAGCAGAGGCACGGCUGGAGGAGCAGCAGCAGCAGGUGGUGAUGGCUGAGGUGACAGUGGUCAUGAAGGUUGUGGAGAGGCAGCUGGAAGAGCGCUGGCAGCAGUGGACGCAGCAGCUGCAGGAGGAGCAGAGCCUCAUGCUGUCCCAACGCCUGGAGGAGUUCGAGGUACGGCUGCAGGAGAGCCAUGGGCGCGAGGCGGCGGCGCUGCAGCAGGUGGAGCUGACGCAGGAGGAGGAGCAGACAGCGCCCUCCUGGCGCUCCACGCUCCUGAAAUUCCUGGACAAAGUGGUCGUGCCGAUCCUGAUCAGAGUGGUCAACAGCAUAGUGAACAACGCCGCCUAAAUGGACUCCUGUAAGCUGUGGAGCAGCCCCCUGCCUGCUGCUGCCACAGUAAUCCUGAUGGCACUACACAGAAGUUGUCAUUUUGGGGCAGCGCGGGGCGCUCCGGGGAAGCAGGGAACCUGGGGGGGGGGGAUUGGACGUGGUGAUAAUUGUGAAACAGUGACAUGGUGACAAUGGUGACAAUUGUUAUGUGAUAACGGCAGUGACACAGAAAGGCUCCGGCCCCCCAGGGAUCAGUAAGGUGUGAGGGGUGGGGGUACCUCAGGCCACGUCCCUAUGGGAUGGUUGGAGAGGAUCCACCCCCCAUGGGGAUAACAGGAGGAAAAUGUGGGGUGCACUGGGACGUGGAGGAGGGGGCCACAGGAACACACAUGGGCACUAUGAGAGUUCCUUGGGGACUGGGGGGAGGGGAGGAGCGCAGGGACCUUUGGGGACACUGACAUGAGGGGGCCCAAAGUGCCAUUGGGAUCCCAUAGGGACCCAAGGGGGCUGUGAUACCAUCCCCAGACUGCCCCAGAAUGGUCCCAAAAUGUCAACUAUCAGUCAACCAUUACACCAGUGACUUCUUGGUCACCAGGGCAUGGCUGCUGGCUCACAGUCAGCUGCUGGCCACCAGGUCCCCAAGGGUCUCCACAGAUCUCCUUUCCAGCAGCUCAGCCCGACCUGCACUGAUGAUGUGGUUGUUCUUCUCCAGAUGUAGGGCUCUACAGCUGCCCACACUGAACCUCGCCAGGUUCCUCCACGCCUGCCCAGCUCCCCUGCAUGGCAGCAUGGUGUUCUGCUGCGUCAGCCACUGCUCCCAGCUUUGGGCCAUCAGCAGACUUACAGAGGGUGGAUUCUUCCCCUUCCUCCAGGGCACUCGUGAAGAUGUUGAACAAGACCGGACCCAGCACGACCCGAGGAGAUUCUGCCAGUUUUGCUCCGUUUUUGCUGUUGGUGGCACUCGAGUUGUCCAUGGUGGUGCUCAGGAUGCUGGCUGCAGCGCCCAAGAUGCUGGUGGCAGCACUCAGGACGGGGAUGCACUGAUGGGGCAUCCCAAACGUAGGGCUUAUUUUAUACUAAAAACGGCACAGUAAAACCGUAUUUGUUUUA